UGCUCGGGGUCUGUGCCACUCCACCUGCCCAGGAGAGAGCACGAAUCAUGGGCUACCGCCGGCCGGGUGGCAGCCGGGCUGGGCCCCGCUGAGCCCGCGGAUCCUGCCAUGGGCGACUGCGAGCGCAACAAGAAGCGGCUGCUGGAGCUGCUGCAGGCGGCGGGCACCGGCAACGCUCACUGCGCCGACUGCGGGGCCGCGGAUCCCGACUGGGCCUCUUACAAGCUGGGCAUCUUCAUCUGUCUGAACUGUUCCGGCAUCCACCGCAACUUCCCAGACAUCAGCAAAGUUAAAUCCGUGAGACUUGAUUUCUGGGACGACAGUAUCGUGGAGUUUAUGACCCACAAUGGGAACCUUCGGGUGAAGGCCAAGUAUGAAGCCAGAGUCCCUGCUUUCUACUAUAUCCCCCAGGCCAAUGACUGCCUGGUCUUAAAGGAACAGUGGAUUCGAGCUAAGUAUGAAAGACAGGAAUUUAUGGCUGAUGGGAAAACUAUCUCAUCUCCAGGUAACCGAGAAGGGUUCCUGUGGAAGCGGGGAAGGGACAAGGCGCAGUUCCUGAGAAGGAGGUUUGUCCUCCUGGCGAGAGAAGGCCUCCUGAAGUACUAUACUAAAGAAGAGAGUAAAGGCCCCAAAGCUGUCAUUAACAUCAAGGACUUGAAUGCUACCUUCCAGACAGAGAAGAUAGGGAACCCUCAUGGGCUGCAGAUCACCUAUAAGAGAGAGGGCCAUAUCAGGAACCUGUUCGUGUAUCAUGAAAGUGGCAAGGAGAUAGUGGACUGGUUCAAUGCCCUCCGCGCAGCCCGUCUGCAAUACUUAAAAGUGGCCUUUCCUGAGCUCCCAGAGUCUGAGCUCGUGCCUCUCAUCACCAGGAACUACCUCAAACAAGGCUUCAUGGAGAAGACUGGCCCAAAGCAGAGAGAACCUUUCAAGAAAAGGUGGUUCGCCCUGGAUCCCCAGGAGCGGAGGCUGCUCUAUUACAAGAACCCACUGGACGCCUUUGAGCAGGGUCAGGUGUUUCUCGGGAGCAAGGAGCAGGGGUAUGAGGUGUAUGAAGACCUGCCCAAGGGCGUCCGAGGGAAUCGCUGGAAGGCCGGCCUCACCAUCAUCACUCCUGAGCGCAGAUUCAUCUUCACCUGCCCCAGUGAGAAGGAGCAGCGGGAAUGGCUGGAGAGUUUUCGGGAUGUUCUCUCUCGCCCCUUGACGCCCCUCAACCUUCUUAGUAAGAUUCAAAGCCUGAGUUACAUCAACAGAGCGUAGCCACAGCAGCAGGUGACCCACUGGAUGAGGAACUGGCUGGCCACUGGCCACAGAAGCUCUUGGUAGGAAGGAGAAGUUCUCACCUUGGCCUCGAUUGCCCAGCAGGUUGUCCCACAGUUGGCAGCCAUUGCUGGCAGCGAACUCUGCCAGGACCAAAGCUUUGGCCUUUACUCACUGGCUCCCUGAGCCUCCUCACUGCCCAGCCCUGGGGACCUGGGGAUCUGGUACAUGUCCUCAAGGCCCAGGACAUCUGAAAUGAAGGCGAUGCAAUGGAAAGGCACCCACAGCAUCACGCAAGUUAUAUGCUUAUGCAAAAAAAAAAGUUUAACCUGACUCUAACCAUGAGGAAAUAAUCAGACAAAUUCAUGUUAGGGACAUUCUGCAAAACAACCAGCCUGGACUUUUCAAAAAUGUCAAUUUUAUUAAAGAUCGUGUGGAAAUUGUUCUAGAUUAAAGGAGACUAAAGAGCAA